AUGGCGCGCAACUCGGAAAAGGCGCAGUCGAUGCUCUACCGCUUCCGCGAGCAGCAGGCUGUCGACAUGGGUCUCGGUGAUCGGCGCGCAGGCGAGCGGCGCCCGCGCGUCGCCUCCAGCGUCUCGAGCUUGCGAGAGUGUGAGCGUUGGCGCGGCGACAUCAUGCGCGAGAUCAGCCGCAAGGUCUCCAAGAUCCAAGAUUCCUCGCUGACAAACUACGAGAUUCGCGACUUGAACGACGAGAUCAACCAGCUGCUCAAGGAGAAGCGGCACUGGGAGUCACAGAUUGUCGGGCUCGGCGGCGCGAAUUACAAGCGCGCCAACAUGGCCAUGGUCGAUAACGAGGGGCGUGAAGUGCCUGGUACUCGCGGGUACAAGUACUUUGGGCGGGCACGCGAGCUGCCUGGCGUCAAGGAGAUGUUUGAGAAGGGCGCCAAGGCAGCGACAGAGGAGUCGGCGCGCAACGCCAGCUUCCAGAUGUUCCGGAAUCAGGGGACAGACUACUAUGGCGACCUAGACGAGAUGGAUCCCUCCCUGGCCGGGGAAGAAGACGCCGCCGCGAGGAGAGAUUGGGAGGAAGCAUCUCGUGCAGCCGCUGAGCUGUUGGGUGUCGAUGCCGAACUGCCAUAUCCCGAGCCCGCCGCGCCACCACCCCUCGACGGCGCGGGAGAGGGGACGAAACGCAAGUCGCCCGAGCCGGAUGAGGAGGUGAAGGAGGGCAAGGGCAAGAAGCGGGGGAAGAAGGGCAAGAAGCCGCCUCCACCACCGCCUGGAGGACCCAGCAAUCCGGGUGCGGCCCAAGUCGCCUUGUUCAUGAGCGUGUUUGAUCCGCGGAGCUUGGGAGCGCCAGAGAUGCCGGAUACAGAGGGGAUGGGGCAGAUUCUGCUCGAGAGGAGGAAGGAUAAGGUGCGCGAGCAGUAUGGCGUGUAG